AUGUCACCUCCCUCGGCUCCCGAAAAGCCGACAAAGGCUUGCAUGACGUGCAAUCAUAGGAAAUUGAAAUGCGAUGCGGCUACCGUUGGGCUGCCAUGCAGCAGAUGUAUUGACAAAGGAUAUCCGGAAACAUGCGCUCUUGCUUACAGACGCCGUCGAAAGCCCGCAACUACAGCCAAAGACAAACAUCAAGCCUCGUAUCAUUCAAGUAAUCGAGCUCAGUUAGCACGCCCUGCCGAAGCUAAAUCUAACGACCAAGAACCGCACAUUUGUCAAGAUGGACGCAUUCAAAUGCCAGGAUGGGAUCUCAUCGAUGGCCGUAAAGGAGUUCAUUAUAUGAGCGCCCUUAACCGGCUGGCUCGCAAUGAACAAGCCCGCACAGCUCGUGUCUCAACGGCAAGAGCUGGCACAAAUAGGCCAGAAAAAGAACAUGGAUGUCAAAGAACCAAUCUGGUAUCACAUAAUAUGCGACUCGAUGACGCAGAUAAAGAAUACCUUCGACAGAAAGGAGCUUUUACUCUGCCUUCUCAGACUUGCUGUGAAACAAUGCUACGACAACACUUUAUCUCAGUUUACCCACAAAUUCCAGUUUUUGAUUACGUGGAUUUCGUGGAUUCAUACUUAUCAGGGUCAUUUUCUUGGUUCAUGAUGCAGGCAGUACUGGCUAGCGCGGUGCCAUAUACUGCCAUGGAGGUCUUGAUAGAAUGCGGCUUCACCGAUCGUUUGACAGCAUUGCAAUUUUUUUUUUCCAAUGCGGUGAGAUUAUAUGACUUCGAAUACGAAGAGAGCCAGCUGGCCAAAUUACAAGGAUCUCUCGUUCUGAGUACUGUCCUUGUAUCAUACACCAUGGACAAAGAUUUCCGAUUCUGGCACCAUAACGCUGUGCGCCUUGCGGUGAGACUUGGUCUACAUCAGGAUCAUGUCGUGGAGGAGAAGGAACCUGCCAUGAAGAGUUUAUACCAACGGAUAUGGUCCGCAAUAUGUUGCCGUGAAAUCAUUUUCUCCAUCAUACAUUUGGAAGCGCCCAGAUUGAUCCAGUAUAACGUUCGUCAAGCACCCGAGGUGGAAUGGUGGAAUACGCCUAUUCCAGCAUCCUACGCCUCAAUCAUACCAUCGUGGACCGAAGGUCAAAAGUUUUACAGCAGCGAGCAUAUGAAACUAGCCAUCAUAGGAGUAGCUAUUCGCUGGCAAGACGUUUUACGCGCAUUGGACAGUGAACAACCCCCAACGAGAGAAAGCAUUGACGAAGAAAUGUCUUGUUCUUUCGCAGAAUGGAGAAAAUCUAUUCCAAAAGACAUAUCAUUUAGCCGCAGGUCUUCGCAGGAGAGAGUCGAUGAAAUCUGGAUAGCAGCUCUGGAGGCAAGCUGCUACAGGUUUGAGUGUAUUUUCUACCGUUCAUUGCUCCGUCGCACUCUUGCUCGCGGAAUGACCGGUGGGCAAGUAGACUCCCUGAAACAGCGACUUCGGAUGGCAAUAUUCGAGCUAGACACCAUUGUCAGCCGCCUCGUGAUGGCUAACCUUCUAAGGUUUGCUAAUUUGAACUUGCUUGGCUGUGUAACCUGCUUAUUAGCACUCCAUAUCGAAACUGUUUUAGAGUCAACCGAGUCGCCAAUUACACGAUCAUUGGCUGUCACGUAUAUUCGUCGCACCGAAUUAGCUUUGCAACAGAUCUGUGAAGUCGUUCCAGCUAUGGAGUGCAACCUCCGUCUCCUUCACCGGUUCCUUGAUCAGAAGAGGCUCGACGCGGCCUCUACCGCCGAUGUAACACUGGCGGAUAAUCCGUUGAGCGGAGAAACAGAAGAACGAGAACCUGAACCACCGAGUCAAAAUUUACAAGAUCAAAGUGGCGUAAAUGAACUAGAGCUACGGGCUGACAUAAUGAACAGCAAUUUACGGCUACAGGAUGAGGAUACAGCCGAUGAUAUAGGCGAUGUAAAUGACUGGCUCGAUGGCCUAGUAUGGCUCGAUUAUUUGAAGGACUCCAAUAUUUUACCUAGUUAG